AUGAGCUACGCCGAUUUUGUAGAUCUAAAAAAGUUAUCUGAACAGACAUCUUUUAACUUUAAGAAGGACUCUUCCGGUGAGGUUGUAAAGCUGGCUAAUGCAGCCAUCAUAAGGAUAGAAAAAGAAAAUCUAGAUAAAUUUUUAUACAAAACUUCUUAUAGUGAGCCUGAAUAUAGAGUUGUUGAGAUUAAACAAAGAACUACCCGAACAAAUCAAACUUUCGAUAAUGUGAAGUUGGAACCGGCUUAUCGAGAUAUACUUCCGAUAUCAAAAAAGAAGUACGAUGGACUGAUGUUCCUGUUACGCAUGAAUACUAUAAAGAAAUGUUAUAGCCCAUUCUAUAACAGCCUUAAAGUAUCUAACGAUGUCGAUUAG